UCUCGGGCCACGCCCCCCAACCCCCCCAACCGGGGCUCCCGCAGUAAGCGGGGCUCCAACAUGGCGGACAGCGCCAGCGAGAGUGAUACGGAUGCGGCGGGCAGCUCCUCGGCGUUGCCGCCCUCCAACUCCUCGGCCGCCACCUCUUCCAAGGCUGGCAUCGUGAUCUCGGCCUCCAAGCUGGAGGAGCUGAGCAACCGGCUGGCCUCACUGCAGCAGGAGAACAAGGUGCUGAAGAUCGAGCUGGAGACCUACAAGCUCAAGUGCAAGGCACUGCAGGAGGAAAACCGCGACCUGCGCAAGGCCAGCGUCACCAUCCAAGCAAGGGCUGAACAGGAGGAAGAGUUUAUCAGUAAUACCUUGUUUAAGAAGAUUCAAGCUUUGCAAAAAGAAAAAGAAACACUGGCUGUAAAUUAUGAGAAAGAAGAAGAAUUUCUCACAAAUGAACUGUCCCGCAAGUUGAUGCAGUUACAGCAUGAAAAGGCAGAACUGGAACAGACACUGGAGCAGGAACAGGAGUUUCAAGUAAAUAAACUGAUGAAGAAGAUAAAAAAACUGGAGAAUGAUACUCUUUCCAAGCAAUUUACACUUGAACAGCUGAGACGUGAGAAAAUUGACCUUGAAAAUACCUUGGAACAAGAACAAGAAGCGUUAGUAAACCGAUUAUGGAAACGGAUGGACAAACUGGAAGCAGAAAAGCGUAUUUUACAGGAGAAACUAGAUCAGCCUGUCUCAGCCCCUCCAUCUCCCAGGGACAUUUCCAUGGAAAUAGACUCACCAGAAAACAUGAUGCGACACAUCAGAUUUUUGAAAAAUGAGGUAGAGAGGCUAAAAAAGCAACUCCGAGCUGCCCAGUUACAGCAUACAGAGAAAAUGGCACAGUAUUUAGAAGAAGAGCGUCACAUGAGGGAAGAGAAUCUGAGGCUCCAGCGAAAACUACAAAGAGAAAUGGAAAGGAGAGAGGCCCUUUGCAGACAGCUAUCAGAAAGCGAGUCUAGCUUAGAAAUGGACGAUGAACGAUAUUUUAAUGAAAUGUCUGCACAGGGACUUAGACCUCGCACUGUAUCCAGUCCAAUUCCUUACACACCAUCUCCAAGUUCCAGCAGGCCUAUAUCUCCUGGACUAUCUUAUGCAAGCCACAGUGUUGGUUUCACUCCGCCUACUACUUUGACUCGUGCUGGAAUGUCCUAUUACACUUCACCUGGUCUUCAUGUACAGCAUAUGGGAACUUCACACGGUAUUGCGAGGCCUUCCCCAAGAAGAAGCAACAGCCCUGACAAAUUUAAACGCCCAACACCUCCGCCCUCCCCGAACACACAGACAGUGGUUCAGCUGCCACCACCACCACCGCCACCAGUCCAACCAGCGCUUCAGUGUGCACCAUCCCAACCAGCCCACCCCCAACCUUCAGCAUAUCCUCCUGCUCCUCCUCAGCCAUAAGGAGAAUGUGCUGUGAAGCAACUGCAUCCGGAGUGGACUGAUGACAUAAAAAGCAGUUUACUAAAGCCAAAGGCUUAACUGGCAUCUUUUGGAUUUGACUUAUUUGCACUGAGAUUAUAUAGGCUUCACCGCUAACUGUGUUGUAAAUGUUUGUCUGGAGGGCAGCCAGUGUUGUUUGUCCACAACACUAAUUUACUGCAUUUUGUCAGUGUUGACUGGAACCUCAUGCACAACCUUCAUUUUGUUGCUUCAAAUAUCUGCCACAUCCAUUUGGUAAUAAGAGUACACGAUUGAAUGUUCCGACAGUUCCAAAGCUUCCACAGAUUUGUUUGAAAAAAAAAACACAGGAAGAUCUUUUUAAUGAGUUUCAUUACAAAUUUUGCGGUAAUUACAAGCAUGAUGUGUCUUGUUUUCUAGGCCGUGUUUAUGCUUCAGUGUUAAUGCUUUCGUGUCUUGUUGGGUUUUGCCAAGCAUUUACAGAAUUAGCACUACAUUUUGAAACAAAGUGACAAUGGAGUUUUGAGGAGAACAUUCAGAUGCAUCGAGCACCAUUACUAAAUCUAAUGUCGAUCGGUGGUACGAUUUGUAUCCAAAUAAACAGCAUAUAAGCUUAAUACAGAUUCAGUAUUGAAUUUCUGUGAUGUGCUGUGGCUGCUUUUUUUUCAACAAAAGUUCCAGAAGCUGGUUUUGGCAAAUCUAUACCAUUUGGCAGAGAUUAUUUCCAAGUUUAAUCAUCAAAUUUAUUAUAGAUCUGGCUUGUGGCUGAAUGAAAUAUCAAUAACAUUUCACUUUUCAAUCCAGAGCUCAACAUUUUUUGAUGUAAACUGUAAACUUAGGUUUUAAUGUCUGUGGGCUUUGUAGAUAGUAAAUCAUUAGACAAGCGAGCUGGCGUGUGUUGUGCUGAUUUUUGAGCGAAUGUUGCCUGCUGUAAAAUACUUGCUUUUGAUGACAAGAAAUCAUCAGCUGAAAUAUUGGUGAGUCCUGCAAAUUCAAGCACCACGUGUAAAGAACAAAUAGUUAUUUGCUGCCAAAUCAGUUUUUAUGAGGUUUAAAGAGAUGACUGAAAAAAGUAACCGUGUGUUGAACAGAUGCAUUGUGGUGUAAUCUGCUAACCCAGAUGGAAACCUUUCCAUUUAUCAAGGUAUAACGCUAUCGUAGCCAAAUAAUUCUGUAUUGCUUGGUAGAUAUGGGACAGGCUGCGGAGAGCACAAGUUCUUGGCUGUAAUGAAAACUUCAAUAAUACAUAAGCUGGUACAUUGUAUAAAAGGGAGCAAUCACAAUUAUAAUUUUCCGUUCAUCUAACGAAAAUAAAUUGUUUCGUUUGACUUUACAGCAGCAUCAAAAAUGUAAGUGUCCUUUUUUUAAAAAAUGUGUUGGGCUGGGAGGAGGGGUGAGAAGAGAAUAGGUAGCUGUUUACAUAACCCAUUUGAUUUGUGGCAUUGUUUACAGUAAAUUUAGGUCUAUUUAACUCUUCAACUGUGACCUGUCUCAGCUAUAUUCAGGGCCAUUGGCUUACCGUAACCGAGACAAAUUUGAUUCUUAUGACGAGAUUGUAGAGUUUCCGGCAUGGAUUUCAGGAUCAUAAUGCGCUAAUCCAACCAUUUUUGCUCUGGAAACUGCAAAUCGGUGAACCCUUGGAGUUAGCUUUGUGUACUCAUCUUAUACGCAAAGUUGCUGCAUGAACACACAAAUUCAUGCCAACCUUUUGAAAGAUGCAUUUCCCCAAACAUCACCAUAGGAAAGCCUAGGCCCAAAUGUCGCCUUUUCAUCCCUACCCAAACGAAUCUGCAUUGGAGAAUUUUAGCUAGUCAACUAUCUCCAAAUGACCCUAAUUUGGAAGACGUAUAGCACUGGAAUAUGCUUGUUUACAAGAUUCUGGCACAAGAAACUAAAAUAUUCAGUUGUGAGUUUCAUCGCAAUUGUGCAUUUUUGGGAAUUUCCCCCUUUCCUAUGAGCAAGGGGCGAUGAACUACCUGUGCAAUUUAAAUGUCUAACAUUUAUUUCUACAUACACUCUUGGUAUUGAAGUUACCCCUUGUGACAUUUCACUGCCCGAGAUGAUUCUUGCCUUCUGUUAAGGCUAUGGUAUGGGAUCACAUUAUCUAUUUUACCUGCAAGUCUCAUUAGUAGAGGGGCAGAUUAGCAUAUUACUGUCCCCAGUUGCGAUUUAACCAUUGGGUUAAAUUAUGUUAAUUGGUUUGAAAAUUUAUGAAAAAUAUCUGAUGAUCAAUGCAUAUAAAGUCUUAAUAAUCAGAUUGGAGCUCAUCACAAUAGUAAUCUUUCUCUUCUCUCCCUAUUCCCAGGAGUCUAAAUGUUAAUAUGAUCUAAAACUUCUAAUCUCAAACAUCUGAAUUGCACUAACCUUAAUUUUGGUUACAGAAGUCAACUGCGACUGUUGGUACUAAUGAUUUGUCAGUUUUGACAUUGCAAGAUAGCCCGCAUGUCUACCAAGGAGGGUUUCUGUGUUCAGUUUAGUACACAAGGUUAACAUUCAUUUCUCCCUUUUGAUGUUAAGCAUAGCUCCCACUAUACUCGUUUUUCAGAAAAGAUUGAAGGAAUUUACGAUUUUGACUGUUUGGGGGAAGAGAUUGCUAAACAGACUGAUGUAGUGGUUGGCAGGAAUGACUUUCUGUCCAGUUGCAACUUUUCAGUUGACUGCAACCUAGUUUGAAAUGUGUACGUUUUGAUAACUGAAGGUAGCAACAUAGAACAAUCUGCAUUUUGUUAUUUGGGCCAGUCAUUGUGAAAUGCUUUGAGCUUCAUAGUCCUGGCCUGAACUUCACACAGAGACCAAAGAGGCUUUGUAAUGUUGGCUUCCCAAUCUAUUGGGAUUACUGACCCAAGCCAUGUGGGGAGGGCCUAAAAUAAUGUGGUGAGAUGGUUUAUUCAAAUAAGGUAUGCAUUCUUACCUUUGUGGCUGAUCCCCAUGUUUAAGAAUUGAGGUGGCGUGAGUGUCCGUUGAAGUAGGUGAGAUGCAUAAAUUUCUUUUUUAACCAUAAGAGUAUGAUGUUGAGACUAUCCUGGAGUACAUUGAACAAAAUCUAUCCAAACUUCUGAGUAAUCGUACUUUAACCACCAGUAUUAAAAUAGCUCCUUAUUGUCGACUUUAAUCAUUUUAACCUGAUUUGCCCAUUUUCCUUGGUCAUGUGGCAUGUUUUUGACCAACCUAAUUGAAAAGUUUUUUGCAAAUGCAUAAAGAUAACUGCAAAACCACUCCCAUGGUACAAAAGAGUUUCUACAUGGGAACCAAAUCCUAAAAAUUAAAUUUUAGUAAAUGCUUUUGAGUAACAACAUUGUAUUAUCCAAUUCAAAUUGAAGGACACAAUAGAAUGUAUGGGAAUUGCAGAAUUAAGAACGCACCACUAUGUGCACAUCAGUUUGUGUUUAAUCUUUAGUAAAAACUUGCAUUUAUAUAGUGUGCCUUAUGUUCACAGGACUUCACAAAGGGCUUUACAACCAAUGACUGCGAUCAUUACUGUUUUGCAGUCAAAUAUGCAGUCUGCGUGACUCUUCAUAUUUCUAAGUCAAGCAAGUUAGGACUUUAAAUGUUUCCAAACAGCCUUAACUAUAGUUACUUCUCACCUAACUGCUGAAAUCUGCUUUAAUUUCAGCUUACUCUUGUCUAUUGGCAGCGGUAGGAUCUGGUUCCAUUAUUGUAAAUUGUCUUAGUUGUUAAAUCAUUCCUAAUUCAUUAUUGCACAGUGGUGUACCCUGACUGAAAAUCUUUAAGGUUUUGCAGCUACCAAAAGCUUUUAUAUUUUAGCUGAACUAUAUUUUAAAUCUGCAACUUUCAUAUCUGGCUUUUUAAACUAAAACCUAAUGAUCUCAUCAAAUGAUUUACUAUAGCUAAAACUUGAGCUUGAAUCAAACAUUCAACUUAUUUCAAACUAAAUCAGUGAUUUAGUACCAUGUUUUGAGGGUAGAUAUGAGAACCACAUUAGUUACAUACAUUUGGAUGUGGCCAUGCAAAUACAAUUGUUUUGCCAAGUCCUAAUUUGUUCCUUUUUUCGCAUAAACACAAGCAUAAUUCCACUUCGUUUUAGAGACUUGAAUAAGUUCCAAACCCAUUCGUUCUAUGGGCUUGUAUUGCUUAAUAUAGCUGAGAGUUCCUGUUAAAGAACUUUGCUCAAAUUAGGUUUUUCCAUUACCUUCCAUAUGCAGUUCACAAAUGGACAUUGUAAUUGGUCAAAUGACAGCAGUUAAACGUGAACCAGUGAGAGAGUUUUAGAAAGCCCUGCAUUUGGAUUGAAAGUAUGCCACAUGUCUUGCAAUGCAAUUCCUAUUUCACAUAGGUGAAUAUUAUUUUGGGCCCAAAGAUUUGAUUAUUUCAAAGGAACUGGCUUUUGUGCACCCUUCUAAGAAAAUUGACCAUCUUGCUGUUUCCUAUAUCUCUGUGGUAACCAAGUCAUUCAGAAGAUAAUUUUGAGGCUUGUUAAAUUUCAGCUUUUGCUCCAUGCAUGUAAAAUGAUUUAAGUGUAUGAUCCUGAACCCAAAUGUAAUCUUUUCAAUGCACUUUUUCAUGCUCUUUUUAUGACUUUAACAAGUUCAUUUAUGUUGCAUUUUUUUGCGUAAAAUGCAGACCCUCCCAUACUGCAUGCCUUUGACAUGUGGCUACAAUGUCAGGUUGGUUUAAAAAGUAUAACACUUACUGUAGAUAUGAAUGUACAGAAACAGAUAUUACUGUAUACAUAAUUUACAUUAGAUAAAUGCAAGAUUGGGCAAAUUUCUGGUGGAUGUUCUUUGACUGCUUUUAUAUACAUUCGAUCCAGGUUAAAUAUCUUUCGAAUACUGGUAUCCAAACUUCUGAAUUAAGUGAUAAACACAAGCAAAUUCUGGCAUGUGGAAACAUUUUAAAUGGUGUUUACAAUAGCAAACAAAAAGCAUUGUGUAAGAUUUGAUCGUAGUUUAUAUUAUGGUUCAUUUUCAAUCAACUUGUUUACUAUCUGCAAGUUUAUCAGGUGCUUCACAAUUUCACAAAAGAAAUCACUCCAAGGGCUAUCUUUUAUGAUUGACUUCAUGAAACAAACAAUGAAUUAAUUGGUUCCUACAUAGUUGUUCCUGCCUUCUGAGGUAUAAUUUGGGCUUGUUCCAUUCUAUACAUGAAUAUUACAAAAGUGCCUUUUUUUUUUGAUUUAGAUGGCUGCAUAAAUUAUUUUUUUUACAUGUGUGAAUAAUGCAUUCAUCUACAUAUGUGCAUUUUGAUUAAACCUAAGAGGUGUUUGGCCCAUUCAUGCACACACCCUUAAUAAAUACUCAGCUUUACAGCAGGAAUGUGUCUGAAUCCAAAUGUUUGUCCCCUAUUACUUGAUCUAAAAUUUGCUAAUUGUGGUGAAUUAUUCUUUCAACCUCUGCUUUGAAGUAGAGUAACCUGAACCAUGUAGUACUUUUAGUUUUACUUCAAAUUAACCAACUUUACGUAGCUGACACCACAUUAAGAAAACCCAUGUAUGAUGUGAUUGUUUUCUUGUAAUUGAAAAUGCUAAUAAAAUGCUUUGUACAAACCCUA